AUGACAGGAGAAUUACUGAAGAGUGGCCUUGAAAAGGCCGAGAUGAUGGUGGGCGGGGAGCAGAACGCGAAGCUUGCCCAGUUCAAGGUGAACACUAAAGAUGUCACCUCAGGGAACGGUGUCAUCACCUCCGACUAUGGCGUGAAGCAGGUCAAUACGGACGACUGGCUGAAGGUCGUGAACGAAAAUCAUACUGGUCCUGCGCUUCUUGAGGAUCCAUUCGCAAGGGAGAAGAUCCAUCGCUUCGAUCACGAACGAAUCCCGGAGCGUGUUGUCCACGCUCGUGGUUCUGGAGCCUUUGGGACCUUCCGCCUCCUCGAGAGCGCACAGGAUGUGACAAGCGCAGGUAUCCUAACAGACACGUCUCGAGAGACCCCACUGUUUAUACGCUUCUCUACCGUGCUUGGUUCUCGCGGAUCCGCCGACACCGUCCGGGAUGUUCGCGGGUUUGCCGUCAAGUUCUAUACCCAAGAAGGCAAUUGGGACAUUGUGGGCAACAAUAUACCCGUAUUCUUCAUCCAAGAUGCGAUCAAGUUCCCCGACGUCAUCCACGCCGGCAAGGCCGAGCCGCACAAUGAGGUCCCCCAGGCGCAAACUGCGCAUAACAACUUCUGGGACUUCCAGUUCAUGCAUACGGAGGCGACGCAUAUGUUCAUGUGGACGCAGAGCGAUCGGGCCAUCCCCAGGAGCUUCCGAAUGAUGCAGGGAUUUGGCGUCAAUACGUACACGUUGAUCAAUAGCGAGGGUAAGAGACACUUUGUCAAGUUCCAUUUCGUUCCGGAACAGGGCGUCCACAGUCUGGUGUGGGAUGAGGCUCAGAAAAUUGGUGGGCAGGACCCUGACUUCCACCGCAAGGAUCUGUGGGACGCCAUCGAAGCUGGCGCGUACCCGAAGUGGAGGUUUGGCAUCCAGGUCAUUCCGGAAGCCAAUGAGCACGAGUUCGAUUUCGACAUCCUUGAUGCCACCAAGAUCUGGCCGGAAGACCUUGUGCCUGUCCGGUUCAUUGGCGAGAUCGAACUCAACCGUAACCCGGACGAGUUCUUCCCUCAGACUGAACAGAUCGCGUUCUGCACCAGUCACGUGGUCCCGGGCAUCGGUUUCUCGGAUGAUCCCUUGUUGCAAGGGCGGAACUUCUCGUACUUCGACACCCAGCUCUCACGUCUUGGCGUCAAUUGGCAAGAACUGCCCAUCAAUCGACCCAUCUGCCCGGUUCUGAACCACAACCGAGAUGGGCAAAGUAGGCAUACGAUCACCAAGGGCACGGUGAACUAUUGGCCAAACCGCUUCUCUGCUGGACCGCCGGCUGAGAAGUCGGAUCCGACGUCGUAUGUCGAUUAUCCUCAGAAGGUCGAAGGGAUCAAGGUUCGCACUAAGUCAGCCAAGUUCAAGGAGCACUUCAACCAAGCACAGCUCUUCUACAACUCCCUCUCACCCCCGGAGCAAGCCCACAUCCAAUCCGCACUGUCCUUCGAGCUGUCCCAUUGCGACGACCCGACAGUCCAUGAACGCCUGUGCCAGCGUCUGGCCGAUAUCGACCUGGGCCUGGCUCAGCGGGUCGCCCAGACCGUCGGGUCGCCGGCACCCCAAAAAUCAAACCACCCGAACCACGGCAAGAAGACGAUCCAUCUCUCCCAAACCGAAUUCCCAGGCUCCAACACGAUCCCGGCACGAAAGAUCGCGUUGCUUAUCGCGAACGGCUUUGACAGUACGGUGUAUCAGACCAUCGAAAAGGCGUACAAGGCGCUUGGUGCCUUGCCAACUCCAGUCGGCCCAGUUCGUACUCCCAUCCAGCCCGCCUCAGGGUCUGCGGUGCAACCCAUCCACCACCUGGAAUCGGCACGUAGCACGCUCUUUGACGCGGUUAUUCUCAUUGGCGGCAACGAAUCCUACCAGGCGACACUUUCCAACAACGGGCGUGCCGUGCACUGGGUACGUGAAGCGUUCGGACACUGCAAGCCUGUCGGCGCGAUCGGCGGAGCCGGCAUUGCGAUCCUCAAAACGGCGGUGGGGACGGUGCAGCAGGUGCAGAUUGCCCAGGGAUCGAGCGUGCUGGAAAGCUUCGGAGUUGUCACGGCAGGGGAGCAAGCGACACUUGGAGACGAGAUGAUGAAGCAAGGUUCCUUCAUGACGACCUUCACGCAAGUUCUGGCUAAGCAUCGUGCUUGGAAUCGAGAGACGGAAGGCUUGACGACGAUGGUGGCAUAUUAG